CCGUCCAAGAUGUCUAUUUCACUAAAGAAACACAGAAUACAGUAUCUGUAUAUCGGUCAUCUUGUUCUCCGUGUUGCACCAACUGCAUUUUCUAAGCUGUUUGACAGACAUUACAAUGGCGGAUUUAAAGCCGCGUUACUGAGAGAGAAAGACAAACUUUGUGAAUUGAAAGAAGAAAAGAUCAUCACGAAUGCUCAAUGGCAACAACUGAACACCAUCACAGACGACGAUACCGAUAAUCCAUGUCAGUAUCUGGAUACCGGACUUCUGUUGAUCCUUGUAAAAUCAUUGACAGGGAUAAAAAUUCCAGCGUGGCGUCCAUCCACGCUUGAUACUUCGGUUGGUGCAGAUCUUUACAGAGUGGAAUUUUAUUUGAAUUAUAUCAUUAACAAAAAAGAAGAGACGAUCGAUGACGAAGAAUUUAAUGAACAAGUGAAGGACAUCGCUAAUUCCAUUGAACGUCUUGGAGGUAGUACAAUUCCUGAAGAACAGAACAAGGUUCACGGUUACCUUGACAACGAUGAAAUUAAUCACGUGAUUAAUUUAAUACAGCAACAGAAAGAUAUCAAUUCUUCAGAAGAUCCUAUACCCAAAGAUCGUAGAGAGUCGAUUGAUAGAAGGGUAAAGAGGUGGAGAACGCAAGACCAACAUUUUGUUUCAACAAUAGCUUCACAAAUGGUCAUGGAAAAAGUUAGAGAGAACGCAUGCGUUGUUCUUACGGGAGAGUCUGGAAAUGGCAAGACGAUGACAUCGCGCCAUCUUGUUUUACAGCUAAACCGCGACGAAGGUUUUGAAAUAGUUGUUAUCAAAAGACCAACAGAACUGAGCUUUACCCUUAGUAAGAAGGAGAAACGUACAAUAGCGUCGAAAUAUAUUGGAGACGAUAAUAUGCGAAGGCUAGACGAAGAUAUUGUAGAUGACAUUGAGAGCUUCUUCCUUUUUUGUCAACUACGUAAUAAUUCAAGUGUGAAAAAUCAAGUAGACUUCUUUAAGGAACCCAUCAAACUUUUAAAUACAGAACUACAAAAUAUGUGUGAUACCGAUGAAUGGGCAUUUUUCAUUCUGACACUUUUAGUUGUUUUUGACAACAAGUUGGACAAACGUUUAUUUCAUGGUAAAAUAACCAAAUCACAGCAAGAUACAAUAGACGAGGUGUGUUCAGAUUGUGGAUUGCUUAAUCAUCCUACCAUGCUUUUCAUAUCAUUUAGAAUCAAAGCCCUGCUAGACACAUUUAUAGAGGAACGGUAUAGAUACAUCAGAGCAAUUCAUGAUAAAAUUUUUGAUGUCAUAAGUCUUUUUGUUGCUGAAAAUAAAAAUGCACUUCGAUCAGUAUUGAAACAUGGAAGUAGUAGAUACAUUAGUGAGCGGGUUCAGUUUCGGUCUUUGAGCGAGAAUUGUAAGGAAUAUACAGUAAUGAUUCCUACAGAAUUGGAAAAUGUCUACUUCAGUCGACUAAUAAAAGACAUUGAAGACCAAAAAUGGUGGGAAGUCUUUUCAGCUUCACAGACAUCAUUUGAAAUGUUUCGCAUGCAGUUUCUCAACUUUCUUGAGAAAUACGAAGGGUUAGAUUCCUUGAUUGAAGACAAAGUCAUGCCAUUAUAUGUUUCUUCAUUCGUGGGAUAUAAAGACUUCGUAGAAUUUUUCCAAAAACGUGAAAAAUGUCUAGCAAUAAAAGCGGUUGAUGAGAGUGGAUUUACCCCUAUUCAUGCUUCAUGUAUGAUGGGCCACAAAUCGGUUGUGGAAUUACUUCUUGAUGACACGAAUGUAGACAUUAUGACGAAAGACAAAGCAACUCCACUUUACCUUGCGUCAAGCAUGGGACAUGUCGGUGUUGUCAAGAUUCUUAUAAGUGCUAAUGCAAAUAUUGAAAAUACAAUAUUAGAUGGAACAACUCCUUUAAUUGUCGCAUGUAAAAAUGGUCACACAAAUAUUGUCGAAUUAUUGCUUAGUCAAAAGGCAGAUGUCAACAAAAGUAAAACUGAUGGAACAUCUCCACUCAUUAUUGCAUCACAAGAGGACAAAAAAGAUAUCGUUAAAGUUCUUCUUGACAACAAGGCCGAUAUUACCAAAAAGACAAAAGGAGGUGUAACAGCAUUGUAUAUAGCGUGUGAACGUGGUAAUGUUGUUAUAGUUGAACUAUUACUGAAAGCAGAUGAUAACAUUUUGAUGGGAGAUGAUUCAGGAUUUAAACUAUUUUAUGUUGCGUGUAAAAAUGGAAAUACUAAAGUUGUUGAAACUUUAGCAAAAACUGAUAUUGAACUUAACAGAACAAAUGAGUCAGGAAUCACACCUCUUUACAUUGCUAGUCAAGAGGGUCAUUCGGAUGUUGUCGAAAUUCUACUUAAAAAAGGCGCGGAUUCGAAUUACGCAAACCAAGGCGGAUAUACACCGCUUUACAUUGCUUGUUUACAGGGUCAUACAACAGUCGUUAAAUUGCUAAUGCAAAAAUGUGCAGAUAUAAAUGCAGUGUUUUAUAAAGGGUCAACGGCACUUUAUAUUGCGAGUCAGGAAGGCAAUCUUGACAUAGUAAAAUCGUUGAUUGAAAAUGAAGCUGAUGUAAAUAAAAGUGACGAAACUGGUACCACGCCACUGUAUGUCGCCUGCCAAAACGGACAUAAAUCAAUUGCUGAAAUGUUACUUGACAACAAAGCCAACAUAAACCAAUGUACAGAUGUAGGUGCCUCACCACUUUACAUCGCUUGUCAGAAGAACCAAGUCAAAGUUGCUGAUAUGUUAAUAAAGAAGAACGCAGAAGUCAAUAUACUUACGACCACCACAGCUACUCCUCUUCUUAUAGCAUGCGAACAUGGAUUUGCUGAAUUAGUUUCCAUUCUUAUAGCUAAUGGUGCAAAAGUUGACCAGGCCACGAGAGAUGGCGUUACACCUUUAUUCGUUGCAAGUCAAAAUGGUCACUCAUCAGUAGCAGAAUUAUUAUUAAUAAAUAAUGCAGAUGCAAAUGCCAGUUUUAUAACAGGAGCAACUCCUCUAUAUAUUGCGUGCGAGAAGAAUAAAUAUGAUACUGCUAAAUUAUUACUAGAUUUUAAAGCCAAUGCCAACCAGAGUAACAAGGGUGGUUUUACUCCAUUAUUUAUAGCUGCUCAGAAGUCAAAUUUUUCAAUAGUGGAACUCCUUUUAAAACACAACGCUCAUGUAAACAAAACAUCCCAAAAUGGUUUCACUCCACUUUGUGUUUGUUGUGAAAAAGGUAAUAAACCAACAGCAGAGCUAUUACUUGAUCAUGGAGCUGAUCUCAACCAAAGUACCACAGACGGAAGAACGCCGCUUUACAUUGCGAUCCAGAAUAAACACAUGGAUUUAGCUGAUGAAUUGCAAAAAAGACAAGCCACUGCAGACCUGAAAAAAGAUGCACUCAUGCCUCCGUUAUGUCUUGCUAGUAAGAAAGGUGAUAUUGAUGUUGCAACUAUCUUACUUCAGAACAACACGAAUAUAAAUGCAACAACACAAGACGAUGAAACUGCUCUCCACAUCGCAUGCAGGGAAAACAAUGAACAAUUUGUACGACUUCUUCUAGAACACAAAGCAAACACAGAAGUUUGUGACAGUGAUGGUCAAACUCCUUUGUUAAUUGCAACAAAACACGAAAACAUCCAAAUCAUCAAGCAUCUUUUGGAGCAAGAAGAUGGGAUUAGUUCUAUCAACAAAGAGGGAGAGACUGCACCAUUACAUAUUGCAUGUCAAAAGAAGAACAUAGAAAUUACGAAACUACUUCUCGAGCACAAGGCAAACGUAAACCAAAUGGACGAGGAACUCAUAACGCCGCUUCACAUAGCGUGUAAAAAUGAAGACCUGAAAAUGGUCGACUUAUUAUUACAGUACAAAGCUGUUGUAAGUUCAACCGAAAAUUUUGGGUACGCACCAUUAAUGAUUGCAUGCGAAACUCAAAAUCUCAAUUUAGUGCGAAUGUUGUUGGAAAACGACGCUGAUACGAAUUUAUGCGGAGAAAGUGGAUUGACACCUUUACAUAUGGCCUGUCAAAUGAAGAAUGUGAAGCUAGCAGAACUAAUACUUGAUCAUAAAGGAAAUCCAAACAAAAAAUACGAAGGAUAUACGCCCCUCAUGAUUGCAUGUGAUACAGGAAUGACAGACUUAAUGGAAUUGUUACUGAAAAAUAACGCUGACGUGGACGAAUUUACACCUUCUGGACUAACGUCACUGCAGUUUGCAUGUCAAAAAGAUCACGAACUCAUUGCUCAACAACUUAUUAGUUAUGGCGCGGAUAUUAACAGAGAGGUUCCGGAUGGAUAUACUCCGUUAUUUAUUGCAUGUAGUAAAGGAAAUGAAAAAAUGGUCGAUUUUUUAUUACAAAAUAAAGCUGAUGUUAAUAGACGAAGCAAACAGGAAUUUACACCAUUACAUAUCGCUUGCGGGAAAGGGUAUACAAAUAUUAUAAAAAUGUUGCUUAAAUAUAAGUCUGACGUUAGUUUAAGCACCCAAGACGGUUGUACUCCUCUUUACAUAGCAUGUCAAGAAGGACGAAAAGAAAUUGUAGACUUGCUUAUUCAGAGUAGUGCAGAUGUAAAUAUGAGUUCGGAAUCGAAAGUUACACCAUUGUACAUUGCUUGUGAUUUUGAACACACCUCUAUAGUAGAACUGCUACUCAAAAACAAAGCCGAUAGCAACAUAUGCAGAGAAGGGGGGUUUUCUCCGCUGUAUAUAGCUUGUGAAAAGGGAAAUCUUGAUAUUGUGAAAUUACUAUUAGAAUAUGGAGCACAAGUAAAUCAGACCCAAAACGAUGGUGCAACGCCAUUGUAUAUUGCUUACGAAGAGAAGCAUUUCAACAUCGUUAAAUUAUUGAUGAAGUACGGCGCUGAUCCUACCAUUUGUACAAAUAGUGGGUUAUCUCCGAUGUACAGUGUUUUCUUGACGGGUAAUUUAAAAGUGGCUUGCAUAUUUUUAGAACAUAAAGUGAAUCCGAAUGGUAGUUUUCAAAAUGGUUCAACACCAUUGACAAUUGCAUGUGAAAAGGGUUAUCGCGAACUUGUUGAGUUAUUAAUAGGGUACGCAGUAGACGUUAACCAAACAACCGAGGAUGGUUUUACGCCAUUAUAUAUUGCUUGUGAGAACUAUAAAACUGAUAUUGUAAAUCUUUUAUUGGAAAACAAGGCAGAUCCAGACCAACGAACUACUGAAGGAUUUUCAGUUUUGUAUUUGGCAGCACAGCAAGGAAAUUGGGAUGUAGCUGAAGUUUUACUCAAUUUUGAAGCAGACACAAAUAGGAAAACGAAACGUGGAUCAACGCCUUUACAUAUUGCAUGUGUAAAGAAUAAUUUGGCUAUUGGGGCAUUGCUUAUAGAAAAUGGCGCUGAUGUAAAUUUAGGAACAGACGAAGGGGGAACUCCUUUAUAUCUCGCAUGUCAGGAAAACCAUAUUGCUGUGGCUAAUUUGCUUAUCCGACACAACGCUGUCGUCAAUCAAGCUACAAACGCAGGCGCGACUCCUCUUUACAAGGCAUGUGAGAAAGGGCACCAACAAAUAGUUACCCUUCUGAUAAAAAAUGAUGCUGACGUGGACAAAUUUAAAGAAGAUGGCUUUUCUCCGCUGUACACGGCAUGCGAAAUGGGCCACAUAGAGAUCGUAAGUGUUCUCCUUAAGCACAGAGCCAAAGUAAAUAAAGUUACCUCUGGUGGAUUUUCACCACUGCAUGUUGCAUGUAAAGAAAAUCACAAGAAUAUAGCGGAGAAACUGAUCAAUCAAUAUGCAUUCACAAACAUCAGUGACAACAAUGGUCUUUCGCCCCUUCAUGUGGCUUGCUCAAAUGGUUACAUCCCUAUCGUGAAAUUCCUUCUAAGUCGUAAUGCUGAAGUGAAUCAGAAAACCAAGGAUGGAAAAUCGCCUUUACAUGUUGCUAUAGAUAAAGGUUUUUUAGAGGUUGCCCAGAUGUUACUGAAACAUCAUGCCUCUGUCGAGAUAGAGGAUACAAGUGGAUCCACGCCGCUCUAUAAGGCAUGUGAAAAAGGUCAUUUCAACAUAGUCAAAUUACUGAUGAAACGGAACGCAAACAUUAACCAUGCUAAUAGACUGAACGCAAGCCCGUUGUUUAUCGCAUGUGCGAAAGGUCAUAGAAAAGUAGUUGAUUUGUUGCUAAGACAUGAUGCAGAUGUUAACAUGACAACAAAGAAAGGGCAUAAUCCGUUUUCAGUUGCAAUGUUAAAUGGCUAUGAUGAUAUAACGGAAAUACUUACUAAUACUGGGAACAUCAAGACAAAACCGAAACAUACCAAUGACGGCCGUGGUAUUGCACAAACACAGUUCCAGGAUAACGAAUCAAUGGGAAGAUUGGCGACUAUUUAUUCUAUAGAUGAAUCUGAACCCAUGCAAAAUGAGUUCGAGAUAAGCGAAAACUUUAAGUACACCAAUAAUUCAAAUAGCGACAACGACAUUAGCAAAUAUGAAUGUCGGGAAACAAUUUCUGAACGUUCAGAACCAUUUACUGCGCGUAAUGAGGAAACAAAUAUAAUACCAGAACUUAUAAAAACUGAAAGAUCCUCUAAAAGUAUAAUAACUGAAAGAUCAUCUAAAAGUAUAAAAACUAAUAAAGCUGUAUAUGACAGAAAUGACUUUCAGUCUCCUACACCGGACCAACAGAAGAAAUUUAAAAGCGUAGUAGAACGCGAAGUAUUAAAGAAAAGUCCGGCGUGUGUUGUUCUGUAGUCCUACUGAAGCUGAUAUGAAACAGUUCGUAUUAAAAUUUGUAAAAGGCACGGAACAAAACUAUUUAUAAAACUUUGAGGAUAAAUGAUGCGCACAACAAUAUAUUUUUACAUUUUUAUAAGUUGUAGAAGAAAAUUGGUGUACUUCUAGUGUUAUACCCUUUUUUUACAGGUUUUCCUUGAUUCGCUAGUGUGCUGUGACCAGAAUUGGAAUUUGUCGAUGAUAAAUCGAACAAAAAUAAUUCAUAUUUCAUAGCCAGAAAUAAUUUGCCAACUCAUGUUAUAUUUUCUUUACAAAUUAGUCACUAAAAACACUC